AUGAUGAUUAGAUUCUGCAUUAUAAUCUUGUUACUAAUGAACAUAGAAUUAAAGGCUAAAAUGUAUGACGAAAGUUAAUUAUAUGAUUGCAAAGAUGAAAUUUAAGAUGAAGUAGAAUAAGCAAUGAAUUAUCAAAAGCUUAAAUUGUUUCCAAUUGAUUGUUGGAUUUUUGUAUUGCUAUGUAAAAUUUGAAUGAACAAUCAAAGCUCCUGUUACAUUUAUGAUAUCAAUCCGAAUUAUCUUUGAGUUCAUUAAAGACUUUCAAUUAUUUGGAGGUCCUGGAGAUAUUAUAUUUGUGAUUACAAUAACUAAUGGAAUAUAAUCAAUAGUUGAAUUUUCUACAGCAUUGUAUGUAUUCAUAAACAACUCAGCUCCAAUAAACAUCUUUUGUGAAGUAGUUAUAAAAAUAAAUUAGAUUACAGGAAUAGUAACAUCUAUAGUUUUUGUGAUUUCAAAUCUAAACAUUUUUAUGUUUGCUGCUUAUCCACUUGCUUUAGUAUAUAAUACAUUAGAGUAAACAACAAAAUUUAUUAGAAUAUUUAAUUACUCCUUCUCUACUAUAAUAAUACUUUUAGUUAUAUUAGACUUUAUUUUUGAUAAUAAUAUUAUAUCAAUCUCCUUAAAUGGGUAGUAUUAUCUAUUUUAUAUUUUCUUAGAAUUUGUGCAAUUGCAGCUACUCAUGAUUCUAUUUGGGAUUACAUAAUUGCUUUAGUAUAUAUGAUUGUAUUUCUUUUAUUUGCCACAAUGUCAUCAAUUAUUGUUUUGACUUUUAAAAAAUUAGUCCCUAAAAUGUCUUCAAUUAAUGAAUUAAGAGGCUAAUACUUGAAAUAUUAUCAAAAAUUCAUAACUUUUAGUUUAGUCAUGAAAUUUUUACUUGGAGUAUUCAGUGCAAUGAAUUUAUUAAAUUGCUAUAUUUUUCUGACUACAUAUCUAUUACCAUCAGCAACUUGUUAAAAUAUUACUUAAGCACUAUGUAUUUUAGGUUAAGUUAUAAUUAUCACCAGAGAUCCUCUUCUUAUAUUAAAGUUUAAAAAUUCAUAAACUUCUGAUAUCUAAUUAGAUUAGAAUAAAACUAUUGAAACUAGAUCUAUUGAAAUAUCUAUGACAUGUAAGAUUUUUUACAAUUUUAUUAUAGCUUUUAAUAUUUUAGAAAAGAUACAAAAAGAAAUGAAAAAAACUUAAGUUAUUUCGAUGUUGGCUGGCAUAUAAUUAUUAAAAAGGUAGAAAUAAGAAUAAAUUAUACUUUAUAAAGAUUUAGCAAUAAAUGAUGAAAAAAAUGAAUCAGAUGGAUCAAGUUAAGGGGAUUUAAGUGAAUUAAUUGAUGCUGCUGUAAAACCAUUUAUUCCUGAAGAAGUUGAAGAGUGUUUAGUUAUAAAUCUUAGUAAUAAUGAUCUUUUUAAAUUAUAAAUUCAAGAAUCUCAAGAUAUUUAAGUUUUUUAAAUGAGAUGCAUAUUAUAUGCUCCUAAAAUAUUUAAUUACUUUUUAACUUUAGAUAAUAUAAAUAUAGAAGAUUCUUUUGAUGUUUAAAAGAAUUUAUUAAAUAUAGAAUAAUCAACAGGUCCUGAUGGUGGUAAAAGUGGAGAAUUUUUUUUUUUUUCUCAUAACAAAUAACUGAUUAUAAAAACAAUGAGAUAAUCAGAGGUUAAUACAUAUAAAAAGAGAUUAUUAAAUUUUGCUACUUAUUAAGCAAAUAAUCCACAAUCUCUAUUAAAUAAAAUUUAUGGAUUAUAUACUUUUGAAAGAUUUGAAAAAUCUGAAGCAAAGGUACACUUUUUAAUAAUGAAAAAUCUAUCACUUGGUAUACCUAAAAAUUACAUAUACAGAACAUAUGAUUUAAAAGGAUCUGAGUAUGAUAGAGAAGUACUUGCUAAAAAAAGUGAGACUGAUUUAUCAAAAUUAACUCUUAAAGAUUUAGAUUUUUUCAAAAUAGAAAAAUAAAUUUGGGUUGAAUAGAAUAUUGCUUAAAGUAUAAUUUUUUUAAUAUAACAAGAAUUAACCUAAAAUUUAUUCAAAGACUCUGAAUUUUUAGAAAAACAAAAACUUAUUGAUUAUUCUUUGUUAGUUAUUAUUAUUGAUUGGAAAGAACAAAAAUAAUUAUUAAUUAAACAUUUAGAUGGCUAACAGAUAAAUAUUAAUCCUUCAAUUAAAGAAUAAGGAGUAUUUUUUAUAACAAUUUUAGAUAUACUAUCAUAUAGGCAUUAUUGAUUACUUAUAAUAAUGGAAUGUUAACAAAUCUCUUGAAAGAAAAACUAAAAAAAUUAUCUAAAUGAAUUUAUAAUUAGAUACUUCUGCUUAAGAACCUAAAAGAUAUAGUAAAAGAUUUAAAGAAAAAUUAGUAAGCAGAAUCCUUCCCUUAUAAUAAUGA